AUGUUGAAACAGCCCUGGAUAGAGCCGACGCGGGAGCCGUGCAAAUUCCCCCCACCGGACUCUGCGCCUAUUCCAGGUCUUCCCGUCUACCCUGGCUUACGCUGCCCGUGCUGCUCCUAUGUGUCGCGAUCGUUAGCGACACUGCGCAAGCAUCUGGAACGCAUACAUCCGGAGACCCGACGACCGCGUGGCCGUGCUUUCAAAGCCAAGCCUGAUAUCGCUGCCACUGCAGAACUAGUGAGCUGUCAGCGAUUAUUUAUAUGUGGUCCAGACAGCAGCUUUUUCAGUGUGAUCCCACCGUCUCCGAUCAGGCAACAACGGCUAGCUGGUACAAUGUCUGAGGCCGAGUUCAUUCAGGCCCAGGUGAACCGGGAUAUCGAGGAACGGUUGGCGGAUGAGGCAGAACAAGUGCAACAGAUCACCAGCCAGAAGCAUGCUACUGAAGUAUCGCCAUGGUUAGACCUCACACAGUGGCCGAAAUACCUUCGAAGUCAUAGCUUUUCGGAAGUAGCAAGUCUAGGCAUGCUUCCUGACCCUUCCCGAGAGCCACUACUUACCGCGUUCGCGCAGAGUGUGGAGCGAUUGGUCAAGCGUGCAUAUCACACAAUCCAGGACCGGUGA